AACAUCAUUUCAUCGCGUCAGUCUAAAUCGAUCAUGUUUAACCUUCUCAAUCAUCUCAGACAUUCCUCUUGUUCUUCACUAGUGUUCCGUUUUAAGAGAAUUGUAACCUCUAAUAGUUAUAACCUCAAAAGUGUGCGGGAACAAUCGACCGCUAGAAGAACUUGCCUGUAUGAUUUCCAUGUUCAGAAUCAAGGAAAAAUUGUGGACUUUGCCGGAUGGCUAUUGCCAGUCCAAUACAAAGAAGCGAUAGCAAUUUCGCACCAGCACACCAGAACCCAGGCGUCGUUGUUCGACGUCGGACAUAUGCUCCAGACGAUAGUCUGGGGCAAGAAUUCAGGAGAAUUCCUUGAGAGUCUAACCACUGCAGACUUAAAAAACUUGAAACCUGGCGGCUCUACGCUUACUGUCUUCACCAAUGACCAGGGUGGGAUCCUAGAUGACCUUAUCAUCACCAAGGAUGCUGAAGACCGCUUCUACGUGGUUUCUAACGCAGGUCGCAGGGACUGCGACAUUGAUUUGUUCAACCAACGCAAGGAUGAGUUUGAUAAAAGAGGAAGAAGAGUCCAGCUAGAGUACCUGGACCCUCUGGAGCAAGGAUUAGUUGCGCUUCAGGGUCCUGAAGCGGCAAAAGUCCUCCAAAAGCUGGUUGAAGUUGAUUUAAAUGAAGUUUAUUUUAUGAAUUCUGUUGAGACCCAGGCUAAGAAGGUUAAUGUGAGGAUUACUAGGUGUGGGUACACUGGGGAAGAUGGUUUCGAGAUUUCUUUCAAGGGGAGACAUGCUGAAGAUAUUGUGGAGAUGAUUCUAAGGCAGCAAGAGGUUAAGAUGGCUGGUCUUGCUGCUAGAGAUAGUUUAAGGUUAGAAGCUGGUUUGUGCUUAUAUGGUCAUGAUAUUAAUGAAGAAACAACACCGGUUGAAGCUGGGCUUACUUGGCUAAUUGCAAAACGCAGACGUCAAGAAGCAAACUUCCCUGGAGCUGAAAUAAUAAUUUCCCAAAUUGAACAAGGAGUUCAGAAGAAACGAAUCGGACUGACGAUAAAUCAGGGCCCACCGGCCCGUGAAAACGCUUCUAUACUCACCGAAUCUGGAGAGAAAAUCGGCGUAGUCACUUCUGGAGGACCCAGUCCUACUCUUGGGAAGUCUAUUGCUAUGGGCUAUGUACCUCCGAGUUUUUCAAAGACUGGCAGAAAUUUAUUAGUUGAAGUUAGAGGAAAAACUUGGAAAGCUACUGUAACGAAAAUGCCGUUUAUUAAACCUAAUUACUACACUAAAGCGAAAUAA